AUGGCAAAGCAUGAGGCAGAGAGUCUGGAGAAUGUCGCAAAGAAGCUGAAGCAUGACAUGGACACCGACCAAAAACCAGCACUGAAAGCCCGACUGGAGGAGGCACUUAGUGGAGGAUUGAAAGAAAUCACGGAUAACCCAGGAUGUGUCGACGUCCUCUUCAGCGUUGAUUGCUGUGGUCGCUGUAUGCUUCGAUUCCUCGGUGUCCGUGAUUUUGAGAUCUAUGAGCUGUCGUCCAAGGAGAUCAAGGAGAUCCUCGCCAAUUACCGCCAGACACCUAUAGCAGCAACAGCAGCAGGGGAAGGAGAGGCGAGUACAGAAUCUAGAAUGGAUCAGGAGGAGAAGGAGGAAAAGGAGGAGGAGAAGGAGGCGAUCUGCACGGCCUGUGUCGGAACAGUCCAGUUCGCCGAGGCAUUUGUUCAGGAGAUUGUGGAGCGUAUGCAGAAGGAGGCUUAUGUCACCAAGACCUUCAACAUGAAUGUCACCCUUCCUACCAGCACACUGGUCAGGAACCAUGCCAUGGCGAUCUACUGGAACCAGAAGCUCUCGUCCUACCCCACAUCUCAGGUCGACAUCAAGGAGAUUUUCAAGCUGCUGAUUAGCUGGCCUAUAGAACGUCAAACAGGAUUAACCCUGGACUUUGGUAGUGAACUUAGGAUGCAGGUCGCUAUCAAGCAUGAGGAGACAAAGGAGGACCAUAUUUUCCUUUCCACGAUGAAGGAAUCAGGAUUGAUCAUCAAAACUAAACGGGAAAAUCGGAAAAAGAUUGUUGUUGGCGAUGGACGGCAUCAUGUUGUCAAGGCACUCACCCUGGUCAAGGAUCACCGUUUCGUAUCGCCACAGUUGGACUCUAUUGAGAUGAUGAGAGAGUCAGUCUUUGUGGGCGGCCGUUAUCUCAAAUACACUCGCGACGUCAGUCAGACACCUUGGUCGAUAGGAACCACCAUGUUGGCAGAGCUUUCAGUAUCGGGAAUUGUCUGUGAGACCCUCAAGAGCGCGUUCCGUGCAGAUGAGUUCAAGUUUGUGACGGCAGGACGCGAGGAUGCUAAUGUCAGGAUGUUGGGCAAUGGACGACCAUUUUACGUGGAAAUGAUAAACCCCAGGAUACCCGUUCUGCCUUCCAAGACGAUCAAGCAAUUGGAAGGCGAGAUCAACACCAUUAUGCCAGACAAGGUCCAAAUCCGUCAUCUUGCCUCGCUUCGCCCAGAGGAUACAAAGGUCAUCAAGGAUGGCGAAGAGACCAAGACCAAGAGCUAUAGUGCUCUGUGCUGGACAUCCAGACCUGUAACUCAGGCCAUGAUCGAUGCUGUCAACGAGUACAACGGCAAGGCUUUCUAUGUCGAGCAGCAGACACCCAUUCGCGUUCUUCAGAGACGCGCUCAAAUGAUCCGCAAGAAGGAGAUCCACUCUCUCAAGGCAUUUCCAUUGGAGGGCCAUUUCAUGGUGGUGCAUCUGCACACGGAAGCUGGCACCUACAUCAAGGAGUUUGUCCACGGCGAUCUUGGCCGGAACCAACCCAGUUUGGCGUCUAUUAUUGACUGUGAAGCAGAUAUUAUGGAGCUAGACGUUUUGGAGGUGGAUCUGGAGUUUCCUCCUCUGGAGUGUCUGCCGUAA